AUGAUUAUUGCCCGUGGAUUAUUGGACGUGUGCUCGCCGGCCGGAUCGGUCAGUUCGAUUCACAGCACACACAAACAGACCGUCGGUGGCCACCGCUUCGCCUUCAGUCGAGUGUCAGGUGACAAGUCGUUAAGCGCUGCCCUCACCUCGUCCGUCUAUCGCUGCUGCUUAAGUAAACUGAUUCCCUCGGCUUGUUUCUCCAAGUUCAAUAGACUCUUUCGCAGGCGGUCGGCCGGGUGGCUGUACCUGGGAAAUUCUUCGACACCGGUGUGUCACAGCAAGGCACACACCAAGUAUACUACUUAUGACGUAGCCAUGAACGGGCCUCGGCAGGACCGUUGCUUUUUUGGAAGAAAAACAAACGGUUCUUCGCACGACAAAGAAGAAAAGAACGCAAAAACCGCACCCAGACCUCAGCCUAAUCUUUAG